AUGCCGCUCUCGCUGGUCAAUCCGGAAGACCAUGACCAGGUCAAUGCCAUUGUGGAUGCAUCUUCCAGCCCGGAGGAUCGCUCUCCGAUCCUCCCAUCCAAUUCCGACAGCGAUGAACUGGGCUACCAAUCCGUCGAUGCAGCCAAGGAAGAUGAAGCCGACGAGAUGGUUGGCGUCAGUAUCGGCCCGACGCAGAGUCGCAUGAAGGCCCGUCUGACGCCCGCGGAGGAGAAGUCUCGCAUCAUGGAGCGCAAUGGCCAGUAUUUUGAUACCAUUCCUGACAAUAUCGUCGACUCCGAUGGCCUCUUUCUUCCUGAGAUCACUUCUGAACCAGAGUCGCUGCCGGACGCUCGGGAAUCCCUAGCGCACCCGCCAGAGAAAGCUGGUCUACAGGACCGUGCUGUCCUGGCCCGGAAUGAGGUGCAACAAACCACUAUACCCCCGGCCAAAGACGGUCAACGGACCAGUUUCACCAGGUCGAUCCUGAAGAAUGGACUGCCGCGUCCUCGGGCCUGGUCUGGGGACGCUAUAUCCAACCUGCGGCUGAAGAAGUUUUUGCCGGAUCUGGGCUCUUUGGCGAAACGAUCUUCACUGCCCUUUCGGUCAAAUACCUUGCAUAACCGAGCUCGCAGCCAGACCGUGAAGCCUAUGCCGUCCGGACUGGCUCUGAAACAGGCCCAAGCGGCCGCUGAACAGCAGAGGCGGCGGUCGUGCUCAACCCCAGAUGCGCAUCCACCUGCUGCAGAUGAGCCGAUUCCCGAGUUGAGACCUUUGAACGGGAUGACGGCUGCGAGGCAUUCAUUUACACGCAAACCCAGUAAUUUCUCGGGGCACGCGGCUUCGCUCAGGCGGUCCUCGUCAGAUCAAUCUUUGUACCUGAGGGCAUCGUCCACGGCAUCAUCCCUGGAUCAGGCACCCCAGUACGAACACAUUCAUUCUCAGGUCAACAGUCGUUUCAAGGCCAUCAAGGACAGUCUUCAGGACUCUAGCAGCCGGCUGCUGAGCAUGCCCACCUUGCACCUUCAGGAUCUCCGCAGCGAGUGGGGAUACAAGCCAUUCCUCAGCGAAGUCACCCACCGAAAAGCAGUCCCGGAGACUGCCGAACCGCAGUCCCACCGGGAGAUUCUCAGAGAAAAGACCUCGCAGUCGCGCGAGCAAUCCCCGCGCAAUAAUUCCGCCUCGACGCAUCCCAUCUUGGCCGAAGCCUUGUCCGAGUUGACCGGCGACGUGGUCAUCCUAGGAGGCUACCGAGGCUCUAUCCUGCGCUCUGCCAAACCGCCCCAUCGCCAGCUGUGGGUUCCGAUGAAAGUGGGACUCAAUCUUCGCAAGGUCGAUCUCGAAGUCGGCUUGAACCCGGAGGACGAAGAGCGGAUGGAGGAAACGAUCAUCCCCUCGGGCGUGUUGUCGCAUGUCGGGCCCGUUGACAUCUGUCGCCGGCUGAUGAAGCGACUGCACAAGUGCGACAACGCCGUCAAUGGCAAGCUCCGCGUCUGGGACUACGGCUACGAUUGGCGACUGAGUCCGCACCUACUUUCGAAGAGAUUGAUCAAAUUCCUGGAAGGCCUUCCGUCCAAUGCACCCGACGUGCCACCCGAGAAAAGAGGAGCGUAUGUUAUUGCCCACAGCCUGGGUGGUCUGAUUACGCGCCAUGCCGUCAACCAACGGCCCGAGCUCUUCGCCGGCGUCCUCUACGCAGGCGUCCCACAGCACUGCGUCAACAUCCUCGGGCCCCUGCGCAACGGAGACGAGGUCCUUCUGAGCACCCGCGUGCUCACCGCGCAGGUGAACUUCAGCUUCCGGACGAGCUUCGCCCUGCUCCCCGAAGACGGACGCUGCUUCAUCAACAAGCGCACCAAGGAAGAAUACCGCGUCGAUUUCUUCUCCGUCCAGAACUGGGACGAAUACCGCCUCUCGCCCUGCAUCAGUCCCGCCCUGCCCCCGCUGACAGCCACCCGCGGCUUCAAGGACAACCUGCCCGAUCUCGGCAUCCGCAAGCGCUUCACUACCGUCCUCGGCCUAGACAACGGCUCCGCCGAAGAAAUCACCGACGCACCCACCCGACGCAGCACAGACGGCCGCGCCAUCCACCACCCAUACCUCCGCGCGAACGCAUCCCACGCCACCAACCCCGUCUCCGACGUCGCCGACAAGGCCUCCGCCAUGGCCCCGACAGGCGACGGCCUCGUCGGCCCAACCGCCAACCUGCGCGGCGCCGCGGCCAGCAAGCUCGCAACGACCUCCACCAUCCCCCGCGCCACGGCCCUCGCCUACCUCGAGCGCACCCUGGCAGAAGUCAAGCGCUUCAAGCAGGAGCUCGCCUUCAAUCCCGCCCACCAGGCCGACAACCGCUACCCGCCUGCUGCCGUUGUCUACGGCAAGUCCGUCCCCACCGUCUACGGGGCGCGCGUCUGGUCGCGCGACCAGAUCAGGCGCCAGGACGCGUACGAUGAUCUGGCCUUCGCGGCCGGCGAUGGCGUUUGUCUUGCCUCGGCGGCGAUGUUGCCCCCGGGUUACCGGAUCAUCAAGGGCGGGCUGGUCAAGAGCGAGCGCGGGCAUGUUGGGCUGCUGGGCGAUUUGGAAGGUGUGGGCCAGUGUCUCCGGGCUUUGAUCCGCGGCCGACGGGAGGGCGUGGGAUUGGGGCCGCGGCCUGAGUCUGAGCCUGCGCCUUCGCCGGAGCCUGAGCCUGAGCCUGAGUCUGAGCCUUCUUCGUAG